UGCACAAGAAACAGAAUCUACGAAAGUAGAUUAAGGUAGUAGUGUGAGGGUGGAACUGAAGAGGGAGAAGUAACUUAGAGAACAUGUCUCGGAUGAUGAAUAUGAUGCAGGCCAACAUCAAAGGGCGCAUGAACCAAGAACAUGACAGAUCAGACGAUGAUCUCUCCCUUUUCAGGGAACUGAGGAAGCGCCAGAAUGAUCAUGUACCAAGCUUCCUCAUCAACGGUGCUGCUUCUGAAGAGUAUGAAUGUGACACUAAUAUUGGUGGCAGUGUUGGAAAGUUUUCACUCUAUAGAAUUCAUUCGGGGAAGAAAGAACAUGGAGAGUUUAUGGAAACAAACAAAAAUGACUAUGAUUGGUUGAAAACACCACCAGCAACUCCUCUGUUUCCAUCCCUUGAAAUGGAGCCCAAUGCUCAUCUAGUAACUCAGAAAGAGAUACCAAUCUCUCAGCCUAUCUCAAGACUUGCAAAGAGUGACAUGGAAGUACUAAAACCCAAGUCAAGUGAUGGAAGAGCAAAACAUGCUAACUCAACUAAGGCAAAACUUCCAAUGAGAUCAAUAACACCAAGCCAUAACAAACAGAGACCAAGCAUCCUUAAGAAAACAAAUGCAAUAAAAUCAGACACUCCCCCAACCACCACUAACCAGAACAGUUAUGCCAAAAUACAUGAUGCUGCCUGCAACACUAAAUCCACCCCCCAAAAGCAAACCAACAAUGCCGAUUUCCUUGCUUUGAAUCUUAAGAAAAGCAUAGAAACAAAUGAAUCACAGAAUAAGCCUAGAACUAGAGGUGUUUCCCCAUCAGUGAAGUCAAGGGCUGAAGGUGUUAAGAUGGUAGAACUCUCAAAUGGGGCACCACCAAAUCUAAGGACAGAGCAGAGGCCAAGCUCAACUACACGAGGAAGAAGUACUACUAGAGCAUCUACAGUUGGAGGGUUUCAGAAACCGGAUCCUACCCCGAAAGCAUGUAGACCAUCAAGGUCACCAUCACCAAGCAUGUCUCAUGGUGGUUGGAACCAGUUAGACAGGACCCAGAAAAAUAUGAGGCAGCAAAAGGAAAUAUUUACCUUAGCAUCCGGCAAUAAUGAAAGUAAAUCACAUUUUAAGGGAAGUAAAAUGGUGGAGAAAAUGAUGAAUGCAAGAAAAUCAAGUAUCAAUCAAGCAGACAAAGAAACAAAAGCAAAGCCUGUCAAAUACGGGUGAUGGGACAGGAAAAUUAAGAGAAGAACACAUUACACAAGGAUGUUCCAGCAAUGUUGAGAUUCGUUAUGCGGCUUUACAUGUCUUGCACACUAAAGAAAAAUGACCAAAAAAUAAAGCCAUGAGAAUAGUGCUAAGGGAUUUUUGAAAAUAUGCAGAAGAUUGUAGCUUAAAAAUGUCUGUUGAUGCAACAAUGUCAGAGAUCAAGAAAUAACUUAUUUAGACAUGUUUCGGAAAACUUGAUUUGAUUUAGACUAGCUCAUAUUUUGUAAAAAUGUCCGUAUGUUAUUUUACCACGUUCAUCAUGGAUGAAAAGUUACAUCAAUCUUAAUUAACUGGCAUAGUUUCGUAAUUAUCAAAAUUCACAACAUAGUUUCU